ACGAAGGAGCCUUUGAAGUCACUGAACUACCGAUGUGUCUUUACACAGCACUGACUGACUGACAGCACGAACAGCCAAUGAGAGAGAGGACAGAGCAGUUAUGCAGAGAAACACGACCCGACCUCAGAGCUAGCCAGAGGCAGGAGUCGCACUUGUCCACGCGUAACAUCACUGCUCAGAGACUGAGGGAGGAACAGACGCGCUCUCCCAGGCAGCCUGAAGGAGACAUCAGAGAAGCGCAGAGACUCGCACACACCGCUCACAGCCGUCGGGAUCAGCAGGAGAAACACGUGCCCAGUUCGAGCGACAAACAUCGGAAAGUUCGGGGAGCGGAAGGAUACGGGAUCCGGAGGGAAGGGGAUUUGCCUGGGGAUAUAGACGAGUGAGUGCGGAGGGAGCGGCGGUCUCAGAGCGCUGAAUCCAGUGGGAAUCCCUUCAGCAACAAGUGAGCGCGGGGCAGUGUGGGACUGAGCAACUUCACCGCCCGGGAUCGUCUCUAUCGGGGGAAUAAUGAGGAACGUGUGGCUGAUCGUUCCCUUUGCCCUGCUCGCUGCCUUCUCCGGGGAAACGUGGGCCCAAGCUGACAGAGACCUAUAUAUCGACAGCACAGAAUCAUCGGGAAACUACCCAGUUGAUGAUGAUGAUUACUCUUCUGGAUCUGGCUCUGGCAUCCCAGCACAUGAUGACGAUGAAGACAAUGUAGUAUUAACAACUGUCCAGACACUUAUAAGCAGCCCUUCAAGUGAAAUGCCAUAUGUUGACACUACAACGCUGAAAACACAAACAAAAAUGGCACCUGAAACCAAGGAGCCUGGUGAAGUAGAGUCAACUAACACAGUUCUUGUCCACGAAAACAAGAAUAUCAUCCAGACUGCAACACAUACAGAGAAUCUGUUCCACAGAACAGAAGUACUUGCAGCUGUCAUUGCUGGCGGUGGCAUUGGCUUCCUGUUUGCUGUAUUCUUAAUCCUCCUGUUGGUUUAUCGCAUGAGAAAGAAGGAUGAAGGCAGCUAUGACCUUGGCGAACGCAAACCAUCCAGCGCCGUCUACCAAAAGGCACCAACUAAAGAGUUUUACGCGUAAAACUGCUACUUUAGUGUCUCUUUUUACGAGAUCACUGAACUUUUCUUUUAAGUAAAGCUUUUGCAUAGAAUAAUGAAGAUUUUUUUUUUUCAUUAAAAAAAAAAAAAAACCUUUACGGUAACUUUAUGAUAAAAAAAUCCCAUUAUAUUUAAAAAUAAACAAACAAAAAACUUUUCAUUUAUUCCUUUAAAAAAAAAAGAAAAUAAAAAUAAAUGUAAAGUCAAUUCUUCGCAUUUUCAUUGUUGAGCGAAUAACCGCAGCAGAGUAUUAUUUUCUAAGACCAUUGGUAUUCGCCAAAAAAAAAAAGUCGCCAACCUUUAUGCAUUAAACAACAAUGAAAUGGUCGCGUCAAGCUUCGGGUCAAUGAAAGGUUGUUUAAUAUUUUUAGCAUGUCUCAGAUCAUUCAAAUUUUUAGUUUUAUUUCAUUAAUUUAUCUGUUUCCAAACAAAAAAUGCCUUUUGUAGUUGUCACGUGCAAUUGUCUUAGGGUAAUUCAGAUAUACAGUAUAUAUAAGUGUAAAUGUUUUUUUUUUUUUCUUUCCUAUGUAAACAUUAACCUCCGAGAUUUGUAUAAAACCUGUAACGAUAUUCAUUUUACACGAUUGUUCUGUUUUCUUUGUUUUCUCAGUGUUCAUUGGGCAAAUUUAACACGAUGAGUGUGUAAAAUCGGAAUAUCCCCUCCCCCCGCAAAGCUGUUCGGUUAAAGCCACAUGGGUGUUUGUAUUUGCCGCAACAUUUACGUUGUUUGGAUUCCGUGAUAUAAGCCAGACAUGAGGCCGUCAGAUAUUUGUUGUCUGCUGUUAAAAUAUGAUUAUAUCCAAUGGGAAUAUUGGUAUUCGGAAGAAAUCUAAUUCUUUCAUUUUUACAUCGCAUUAAACUGCUGCUUCUUCGGUACUUAAAAAUUGCAGCGACAAAGUCACCCAUGUGGCCUCAGCCUAUGUCAGCUCCUCUUAAUUGAAGCUGCAUUCUCUGUUUGUAUUUGCCAUUUCACUGCCUGAAAGAACUAGUCCUUGCCAUCCGAUAGAUAUCUCUGCCCGUGGAUGUUAUUGUUUUAUUGAUACCGCUUAUAUUCGUUUUGUUCCUUUUAUGUUUUUCCAUCGGCUUAGUCCAUCCCACUAUAUUCUAUAUUUUGAAGGUUUAGUCUUACUUUGAGAUAAGGAACUGAAAAUCCCGAGUCCUGCUUUUUGGAGCUGUAAAGACUCCGCCGUGCAUUGUGCAACAGAGAGCUCAUUUAAGAGUGUAGUACCAGUGACAAACAAAACGUAGCAGUUGGUUUAUUUGGCACCUACGUGCUAUGCCUUAGAACAGGGAUCCCCAACCUUUAGAACCCGUGAGCAACAUUCAGAAGUAAAAGGAGUUGGAGAGCAAAACUAGCAUGAAACAUGUUCCUGUUGUGCCAAAUAAUGGCCAUUUAGCAGUCCCUGUAUGGAUUGUCAACCUCCAAUGAGACUCUGUUUGGCAGUGCACCUGUUUCAUAUGCAACCAAAACUUGCCUCCAAGCCUGGAAUUCAAAAAUAAGCACCUGGUUUGAGGCCACUGGGAGCAACAUCCAAGGGGUUGGAGAGCAACAUGUUGUUCUUGAUCUACUGGUUGGGGAUCACUGCCUUAGAGACAUAUCAAACCAGGUACACUACAGUUUUUAGAGAGCCGAUAACCCCACUGCUUUUAAGACCACGUUAUUUAGGGAGCGAAUGCAUCCUUUAAUACCAGUAGCGUUGGAGAGGGCAAGCCGAGCAUUGCGUAGUAUGUUCUGGCCGUAUUUGCUAUGUGAUAUUGGACAGAGGAUGAAGGUUGAACCAAGUCCAAAGACUAUAACAGUAUUCUGGCAAAGUUGCAUAUGUCCGUGGCCACUGUACUCAACUCCUUUUACAUUUUGAAGGUACGACUUGGGAGUUUCCACAGCAAUUUUUGUCAUUUCUCAACACACAUUUUAAGUUGUAAGAGUCUUUUUUUCAAGCCUUUGAAGUGCCUACGAUUCCAUGUAAAUUGUUACAGACUGUGUUACAGAGUGUAUGACAAAAAAAAUAAAAUAAAAAAAAAUGUUGGUUAUUUUAUAAGCACAGAAAAAUCUAAUGGUAAUUUUGUAGUCUUACAUCAAUAGACCUAAAAAUGUAAUUUGGGAACAUAAACACUACUGAAUAAAAUCAUGUGGCCUAA